AAAAGAAAACAAUAAGAGAAGAGAAAUGGAAGAGAAGACUAGGAGGGCAAAGCUUGCAAAAGAGAAAGCUGAACAAGAAAAAGUGGAACGCCAGAAGAAAAAGAAACAGCUCAUUGAUAUAAACAAAGAGGGUGAUGAGACUGGUGUGAUGGAUAAUCUUCUAGAAGCCCUACAAUCAGGUGCAGCAUUCCGAGACCGCAGAAAGCGGAUUCCAAGGAAUCCAGAUAAUAGACGGGUACCUUUGGAAAGGUCACGCUCUCGCCACAAUGGAGCUAUCUCAUCUAAGUAAUUCCUGAUGCCAAAGAAUAUGAAAAAUAUUUAAGUAAACAAAAUCAUAUGUUUUCAGAAGAAUAAAACAUGCAUUCAAGGGUCAGAGUGGAUAUAAGUGUAUUUCUGCAAAGGUCAAGCUAAACUGGAUGAAUUGAUGUGCAUUUGUAGAACUAUCACUAGACUCCUCCCACAAUACCUAUCUGAACAGUUCACAGGACUAGAAAUAUUUGUUCCACUUUAGCGUAAAAAUGUGUGUUCUUUGUUGUUGUGUGACCUGACUCUGAAGAGGGAAUUGUAAAAAAUUGAAGAGUUUUGAGACUUUCAAAUAUUCAAAUAUUUAAAAUCCUAAAUUUCUAGGUCACUCCCACUAAAAGAAAAAGAAGAAAAAAAGAAUAGAACUAUUCACUGUCUGCUUCCAAUUUAAUAGAUAGCAAAGGAAAAGGCCAAGACAAAAUGUGCAUGCUAAUGAUUUGGAAAGGUGCUAAUAUUGCACACAGUGUAAGAGAAGCCAUUUUGAAAACUCAAAAAAGUAUAGCUCCAUGUCAGUCAAGUUAUUUAGAAUCUUAUCUCAAGUGAAAGCUGAUGGAUUCAUCUGCUUUGGCUGAAAUUAAAUUUAUCAUUAGUCUAGCGUUUCAGCAUGAUAUUGCAAGCACAUAUCAUUGCUAAAAAUAAACCAAAGUUUAACAGAAUCAGUUAGGGAAAAUGACUUCAACUUUAUUUAAAGAGGUAUUUUCUAAUUAUGCAUAGAUAUCUACUUUAUACAAAUACUUUAUAUGACUAUUUUUUGAGAAAAACUCCACAUUUUAAUGUUUGUGCUAGGGAUGUACCUGAAAGUUCUGUUAUCUUUAUUUAGAUUUUAAAGGCAAAUAUUGAUUCAUAUUUGUGGUUUAUUUCUUCUCUCUAUUGCUUCUUUCUCCCUUGACCCCCUUGAAGGCAGGGAAUGGAGUUCUAGAAGACCUGGGAGGAAAGAGAUUUCUUUCUAUAAAAGGCAGCAGAAAACUGUGUGAAAGGUCAACUUUUCUAUCUUCCUUUCUACUCCCCUUUCCAAUUCUGUUUUGGUGGUCUGAAGAAGAAAAAAAGAAAUUCUAUAUAUGUAUAUGUAUAUACAUGUGUGUAUAUAUUUGUAUCUCUUGCUGCAGUAAUUGCACAUCCCAGUAAAUAAGUGAACUUCUCAGUCAUCCUCAUACUUACCUUAUAUUAACAAAUUUAAAUGAUGCUGCCACAACAACUCUGGGGGAAAAAAAAAGGUCUAUGUUUUUCUCAAAUAGAUGAAAGUUAAAGUUAUACUUAACUUAUCUGUUAUUUUAUGAUAUGCAUUGAAAUAAUUGGUGUAACUUCUCUGGAGUGCAAUUUGAAAACCAAUUCAUGCAGAUGAUUGUGAUUACUGUAAAAGAAUUAUUAUAUGUAUAUUUCUUAUGUAGAAAGUCCUAUUUCUAUUUCUCCACUGCACAUGAUAGAGAAAGAACAAAUGACUGGCUUGGCAAGUCACCAUCUGAGAUAAGUGACCAGUAGCUCACAGAAUUCUUUAUAUAGAUGUAUAAUAAUUUACAUGGUUGCCUUGUCCUCCAGUGCAUUCUGGCUUGAGUAUUAUACUUCAAAAUUCUCUGAAAGCUGCUAUAAUAGAGAAAUCAAAGUCACAACAUCUGAGAUUUUUUCCACUUUUUCCUGACUGAAAACACACAUGUGCACACAUAAACAUGUUUGAGGACACAUCUGUUUUCACACACUAUUUUUAACAACAACAAAAGUUUAGGUCCUACUAAUUUAGGUAAAUAACUAAUGUGUGCAUUUUUGACUUUGCAAAGAUUUUUUUUUCUGAAAUCUUCAUGGUAUCGCUUCUUUGAGUCUUUUGACUAUAGAAAAAUUAUUUUGAAGUGUCAACCUUGACUAAAUUUUGGAGAUAUUUGCCAUGCCUUAUUAUCAAACUUGUCAAGGUAGAAAUAGUGAUGUGUAUUGCCUUUUCCAGAUGCAAACUUGCCUUAUUUUCUAGUUUGUGAACAAGAAUGAAUGAAGUGCUAUUCUUGAUAAGUUAUAUAUUUGUAUUUACAGCAAUCCACAUGCUUUUCACAAACAUUAAAACAUUCAGGGUCCAAUAAUUAAGUUAAAAGAUUUACUUAUCAGGUUUAUAAUGGUCCUGCUCUAGCCACUUGCAUUUUUGUUUUAGAUUGAAAAGUACAUAGUGACAUUUUAGUAUACAACCAAAUUAUAGUAAAAUCUUUUGUUUCUUACUACCACACAGGAGAAGCACCAAUUAUGCAGAUUUUUUUCAGAAUCUUAAAAAAAUAGAAAACACAUAAAAUGUUAACUAAUUAUAUUUGUUUCCUUUGGCUGCUAUAAUAAAUGACCACAAAUUUGGUGGCUUAACACAACAGAAAUUGAUUCUCUCAUUGUUCUGAAAUCUAGGGGUUCACAGGGUCAUGCUCCCUCCAGAGAUUCUAGAGAAUCCUUUCUUGUCUCUUCCAGCUUCUGAUGGCUAUUGACGUUCCUUGACUCAUGGCCACAUUUCCACUCAUCUUUGCAGCACCUUUUGUCUGUGUACCUAAUCUCCCUCUGCCAGGAUAAUCUCUUCAUCUCAAGAACUUUAAGUUAAUUACAUCUCUAAAACCCCUUUUCCAAAUAAGGGAACAUCUAGAGGUUCUGCCCUCUGUCCCCAACCCCAAAUUGAUGUCUUUCUCAUGUGUAAAAUAUAUUCACCCUAUCCCAACAUUCCUAAGUCUCAGCUGAUUACACUUUCAACUCUAAAUAAUUACAAGUGAUCCUAUUCCAGAAGGAGAUAAUGGAAAAGGGAGUCAGUCACCUGUCUUAAUCAUUUU